AGUGCACGGCCGUUCCGCGCCUGCGCAGGGGAGUCGGGCGGCUCGGGUUGCAGACUCUCGGGCGAGAGCUUCUGUCAGGCGGUGGGUCGGUCCUCCAGCCGGCCCUCCCCCCUUCCCGGUCUCCGGGGGAGGCGCGGUGGAGUCCGCCCCCAGGAUCCCCCGAUGGGGGAGAAGCGGCGACGGCGGCAGUGGAAUAACCAAGCCGGAGCGUGAGCGGCCCGGGGGCCCCGUUCCCGGCGGAGGCCAUGGGCGACCCAGCCCCCGCCCGCAGCCUGGACGACAUCGACCUGUCCGCCCUGCGGGACCCUGCUGGGAUCUUUGAGCUGGUGGAGGUGGUCGGCAAUGGAACCUACGGACAGGUAUACAAGGGUCGGCAUGUCAAGACCGGGCAGCUGGCUGCCAUCAAGGUCAUGGAUGUCACAGAGGAUGAGGAGGAAGAGAUCAAACAGGAGAUCAACAUGCUGAAAAAAUAUUCUCACCACCGCAACAUUGCCACCUACUAUGGCGCCUUCAUCAAGAAGAGCCCCCCUGGAAAUGAUGACCAACUCUGGCUGGUGAUGGAGUUCUGUGGUGCUGGCUCAGUGACCGACCUGGUAAAGAACACAAAAGGAAAUGCCCUGAAGGAGGAUUGCAUUGCCUACAUCUGCAGGGAGAUUCUCAGGGGUCUGGCCCAUCUCCAUGCCCACAAGGUGAUCCAUCGAGACAUCAAAGGGCAAAAUGUGCUGCUGACAGAGAAUGCUGAGGUCAAGCUAGUGGAUUUUGGGGUGAGUGCUCAGCUGGACCGCACCGUGGGCAGGCGGAACACUUUCAUUGGGACCCCCUACUGGAUGGCCCCAGAGGUCAUCGCCUGUGAUGAGAACCCCGAUGCCACCUACGAUUACAGGAGUGACAUUUGGUCCCUAGGAAUCACAGCCAUUGAGAUGGCAGAGGGAGCUCCUCCUCUGUGUGACAUGCACCCCAUGCGAGCCCUUUUCCUCAUCCCUCGGAACCCUCCACCCAGGCUCAAGUCCAAGAAAUGGUCUAAGAAGUUCAUUGACUUCAUUGACACAUGUCUCAUCAAGACUUAUCUGAGCCGCCCACCAACGGAGCAGCUACUGAAGUUUCCCUUCAUCCGAGACCAGCCUACGGAACGGCAGGGCCGCAUCCAGCUCAAGGACCACAUUGACCGAUCCCGGAAGAAGCGGGGUGAGAAAGAGGAGACAGAAUAUGAGUACAGCGGCAGUGAGGAGGAAGACGACAGCCAUGGAGAGGAAGGAGAGCCAAGCUCCAUCAUGAACGUGCCUGGGGAGUCGACACUACGCCGGGAAUUUCUCCGGCUCCAGCAGGAGAAUAAGAGCAACUCAGAGGCUUUAAAGCAGCAGCAGCAGCUGCAGCAACAGCAACAGCGAGACCCUGAGGCGCACAUCAAACACCUGCUGCACCAGCGGCAGCGACGCAUAGAGGAGCAGAAGGAGGAGCGGCGGCGUGUGGAGGAGCAACAGCGGCGGGAGCGCGAGCAGCGGAAGCUGCAGGAGAAGGAGCAGCAGCGACGGCUGGAAGACAUGCAGGCCCUGCGGCGGGAGGAGGAAAGGCGGCAGGCAGAGCGCGAGCAGGAAUACAAGCGGAAGCAGCUGGAGGAGCAGCGGCAGUCAGAACGUCUCCAGAGGCAACUGCAGCAGGAACAUGCCUACCUCAAGUCCCUGCAGCAGCAGCAACAGCAGCAGCAACAGCUUCAGAAGCAGCAGCAGCAGAUCCUGCCUGGGGACAGAAAGCCCCUGUAUCACUAUGGUCGGGGCAUUAAUCCCGCUGACAAGCCAGCCUGGGCCCGAGAGGUAGAAGAGAGAACAAGGAUGAACAAGCAGCAGAACUCUCCCUUGGCCAAGACCAAGCCAAGCAGCACAGGGCCUGAGCCCUCCAUCCCCCAGGCCUCCCCUGGCCCCCCAGGACCCCUUUCCCAAACUCCUCCUAUGCAGAGGCCUGUGGAGCCCCAGGAGGGACCACAUAAGAGCCUGGUGGCACACCGGGUCCCACUGAAGCCAUAUGCAGCACCUGUGCCCCGAUCCCAGUCCCUGCAGGACCAGCCUACCCGAAACCUGGCUGCCUUCCCAGCCUCCCAUGACCCCGACCCGGCUAUCCCCACACCUACUGCCACGCCCAGUGCCCGAGGAGCUGUCAUCCGCCAGAAUUCAGACCCCACCUCUGAAGGGCCUGGUCCCAGCCCGAACCCCCCAGCCUGGGUCCGGUCAGAUAACGAGGCCCCACCCAAGGUGCCUCAGAGGACCUCAUCUAUCGCCACUGCCCUUAACACCAGUGGGGCCGGAGGGUCCCGGCCGGCCCAGGCUGUCCGUGCCAGACCUCGCAGCAACUCCGCCUGGCAAAUCUAUCUGCAAAGGCGGGCAGAGCGGGGCACCCCCAAGCCUCCAGGGCCCCCUGCUCAGCCCCCUGGCCCGCCCAACGCCUCUAGUAACCCUGACCUCAGGAGGAGCGACCCUGGCUGGGAGCGCUCGGACAGUGUCCUCCCGGCCUCUCACGGGCACCUCCCCCAGGCUGGUUCACUGGAGCGGAACCGUGUGGGAGCCUCCUCCAAACUGGACAGCUCCCCAGUGCUCUCCCCUGGGAACAAAGCCAAGCCUGAUGACCACCGUUCACGGCCAGGCCGGCCCGCAGACUUUGUGUUACUGAAAGAGCGGACCCUGGACGAGGCCCCACGGCCUCCCAAGAAGGCCAUGGACUACUCAUCGUCCAGCGAGGAGGUGGAGAGCAGCGAAGAGGAUGAGGAGGAAGGCGAUGGCGAGCCAUUGGAGGGGAGCAGAGACACCCCUGGGGGCCGCAGUGAUGGUGACACAGACAGCGUUAGCACCAUGGUGGUUCAUGAUGUGGAAGAGCUCACUGGGACCCAGCCCCCAUAUGGGGGUGGCACCAUGGUGGUCCAGCGUACCCCUGAGGAGGAGCGGAGCCUGCUGCACGCCGACAGCAAUGGUUACACAAACCUACCUGAUGUGGUCCAGCCCAGCCACUCACCCACAGAGAACAGCAAAGGUCAAAGCCCACCCUCAAAAGAUGGGAACAGUGAUUACCAGUCUCGUGGGCUGGUAAAGGCCCCUGGCAAGAGCUCGUUCACAAUGUUUGUGGAUCUAGGGAUCUACCAGUCCGGAGGCAGUGGGGACACUAUCCCCAUCACAGCCCUAGUGGGUGGAGAGGGUACUCGGCUUGACCAGCUACAGUACGACGUGAGGAAGGGCUCUGUGGUUAAUGUGAAUCCCACCAACACCCGGGCCCACAGUGAAACUCCUGAGAUUCGGAAGUACAAGAAGCGAUUCAAUUCUGAGAUCCUCUGUGCAGCGCUCUGGGGGGUCAACCUGCUUGUGGGCACAGAGAAUGGGCUGAUGUUACUGGACCGAAGUGGGCAGGGCAAAGUGUAUGGACUCAUUGGGCGGCGACGCUUCCAGCAAAUGGAUGUGCUGGAGGGGCUCAACUUGCUCAUCACCAUCUCAGGGAAAAGGAACAAACUGCGGGUAUAUUACCUGUCCUGGCUCCGGAACAAGAUUCUGCACAAUGACCCAGAAGUGGAAAAGAAGCAAGGCUGGACCACUGUGGGGGACAUGGAAGGCUGCGGGCACUACCGCGUCGUGAAAUACGAGCGGAUUAAGUUCCUGGUCAUUGCCCUGAAGAACUCCGUGGAGGUAUAUGCCUGGGCCCCCAAACCCUAUCACAAAUUCAUGGCCUUCAAGUCCUUUGCUGAUCUCCCUCACCGCCCCCUGCUGGUCGACCUGACCGUAGAGGAAGGCCAGCGGCUCAAGGUCAUCUAUGGCUCCAGUGCUGGCUUCCACGCCGUGGAUGUCGACUCGGGGAACAGUUAUGAUAUAUACAUCCCUGUGCAUAUCCAGAGCCAGAUCACACCCCAUGCCAUCAUCUUCCUCCCCAACACCGACGGCAUGGAGAUGCUGCUGUGCUACGAGGACGAGGGCGUCUACGUCAACACGUAUGGGCGGAUCAUUAAGGAUGUGGUGCUGCAGUGGGGAGAGAUGCCUACCUCUGUGGCCUACAUCUGCUCCAACCAGAUAAUGGGCUGGGGUGAGAAAGCCAUUGAGAUCCGCUCUGUGGAGACAGGCCACCUGGACGGGGUCUUCAUGCACAAACGAGCCCAGAGGCUCAAGUUCCUGUGUGAGCGGAAUGACAAGGUGUUUUUUGCCUCAGUCCGCUCCGGGGGCAGCAGCCAAGUUUACUUCAUGACUCUGAACCGUAACUGCAUCAUGAACUGGUGAUGGGGUCCUGGGCUGGGGCUGUCCACACUGGACCCAGCUCUCUUCUCAUAGCCAGACUUCCCAGGCCGCCCCUC